UCCCAGGGUCUCGGGUUGGGGGGGGUGGAGCCGCACUUCGUCGCCGCGGGGGUGCCGGGACUCCGGCCGCAGUGCCGCCGCCAUCACGGACUUCCUGUGGGACAAGCGCACGGGCCUCGCCGCCAGAACGAUGCCUCAUCCUCGAAGGUACCACUCUUCAGAGAGAGGCAGCAGGGGGAGUUACCAUGAGCACUAUCGGAGCCGAAAGCAUAAGCGACGAAGAAGCCGCUCCUGGUCAAGCAGCAGUGACCGUACACGGCGGCGCCGACGGGAAGACAGUUACCAUGUCCGUUCCCGGAGCAGCUAUGACGAUCGUUCAUCUGAUCGGAGGGCAUAUGACCGGCGAUACUGUGGCAGCUACAGGCGCAAUGACUACAGCCGAGAUCGGGGAGAAGCCUACUAUGACACAGACUACCGGCAUUCCUACGAGUACCAUCGGGAGAACAGCAGUUACCGCAGCCAGCGCAGCAGCCGUAGGAAGCACCGACGGCGGAGGCGGCGCAGCCGGACGUUCAGCCGUUCGUCUUCGCAGCACAGCAGCCGGAGAGCCAAGAGUGUAGAGGACGACGCUGAGGGCCACCUCAUCUACCACGUCGGGGACUGGCUACAAGAGCGAUAUGAAAUUGUCAGCACCUUGGGAGAGGGGACCUUCGGCCGAGUUGUACAGUGUGUUGACCAUCGCAGGGGUGGGGCUCGGGUUGCCCUGAAGAUCAUUAAAAAUGUGGAAAAGUACAAGGAAGCAGCUCGACUAGAAAUCAAUGUGCUGGAGAAAAUCAAUGAGAAGGACCCUGACAACAAGAACCUCUGUGUCCAGAUGUUUGACUGGUUUGACUACCAUGGCCACAUGUGUAUCUCCUUUGAGCUUCUGGGCCUUAGCACCUUCGAUUUCCUCAAAGACAACAACUACCUGCCCUACCCCAUCCACCAAGUGCGCCACAUGGCCUUCCAGCUGUGCCAGGCCGUCAAGUUCCUGCAUGAUAACAAGCUGACACAUACGGACCUCAAGCCUGAAAAUAUUCUGUUUGUGAAUUCGGACUACGAGCUCACCUACAACCUAGAGAAGAAGCGGGAUGAGCGCAGUGUGAAGAGCACAGCCGUGCGGGUAGUAGACUUUGGCAGUGCCACCUUUGACCAUGAGCACCAUAGUACCAUUGUCUCCACCCGCCAUUAUCGAGCGCCAGAGGUCAUUCUUGAGUUGGGCUGGUCUCAGCCUUGUGAUGUGUGGAGUAUAGGCUGUAUCAUCUUCGAAUACUAUGUUGGCUUCACCCUCUUCCAAACCCAUGACAACAGAGAGCAUCUAGCCAUGAUGGAAAGGAUCCUGGGUCCCAUCCCUUCCCGGAUGAUCCGAAAGACAAGGAAGCAGAAAUAUUUUUAUCGGGGUCGCCUGGAUUGGGAUGAGAACACAUCAGCUGGGCGCUACGUUCGUGAAAACUGCAAACCACUUCGGCGGUAUUUGACCUCAGAGGCAGAGGAACACCACCAGCUCUUCGAUCUGAUUGAAAGCAUGCUAGAGUAUGAACCUGCCAAGCGGCUGACCUUGGGCGAAGCCCUUCAACACCCUUUCUUCGCCCGCCUUCGGGCUGAGCCACCUAACGCCAAGUUGUGGGACUCCAGUCGAGAUAUCAGUCGGUGACGAUCUGUCCCUGGGCACCCCUGUGUCUCCUAACAGCAGUGGGUGUCCAGUCCAGGACACUGGUGCUUUUUUAUACAAGAGAACAGAGCCGGAGCUCACUCCUUCCUCCUGGCUCCCUAUGUACCUGUGAAUAUGUGAAAUAGUGUAAAUAUGAAAGAACUUGUACCACCGCUUCAACCCCUGCCUUGUACAUAAUGCUGUUCCAUCUCACACUCUUCCCACCCUCACCUGCCCCUUCAACAGCUAAGUUGGAUCUGGGCAGAAUGAGGUAACCAGAAGGGAUCUACACCAUGUUUUAUAAGGAAUUUUGUACAGUCUUUGUGAAAUAAAAUGAUGUGCUU